ACAUGGCUCAGGCUUUAUUUCAAACUCCCUCCUCAGCCCCAAACACAACAUGAUGCCAUGUGCCGGUAUGGACUCAGACACACAGGUUAUCACGCGCGUAUAUUUUCCCUAAGAGAGUUUAGAAUUUAUUUUAAAUUAUUUUUUUGAUUUACAAAAGGAAAGAAGAGGAAUCACUUGGUUUUAGAUUUCCCCAGCUGCUGGCCAAAGGAGAUUUAAUCAGAAGACAUUUGGCACAAGAGUGAGAGUGAGAGAGGGUUCCUGAGAGGUAAGACGACACUGGAAAUUCGUCCCACCUUGGAUCAGAGAAAGCAACGCACCUCUGUAUCAACUCUAAGUGAAGACUAGUAAAGUAGUGAUGCUGGGCAGCGAAGGAGAAAGCAGUACCUUUUCAUCCACGAAGGAAGCAGCGGAUGAGAGGUGUAAGUCUCCGGCUGUGGAAGGAGACGAUCCAGCUGCUGGCAGCAGGUACACAGAGCACGGGAUGGGUGCUGACCGCUACUACAUCCCUCCUACAGUCUCCAAACAGAGCCCAGAAACACCAAACCCUUGCUCUUUCAUCCCCUACACUCCCAGUGGGGCGGUUUACAGCCCGUCCAGCGCUGGCAGGUACCCCUCAUCUCUCCACCUGGGCUCCGUGUUGCCCCCCGCGGGAUUUUCCACCUCCACAGCUGCCCGCAGCCACUUCAGCUCGGCGUACCAGCUCGGGCAGGGCCCCGGCUGCAUCUACCAGCCUUACACCGGCUCAGGGUCCGCUCUCAGUAACAUCACUUUACCCACAGCCGGCCCCGGAAUGAGGCCCCAGGUCUAUCUGUGCAACCGGCAGCUGUGGCUAAAGUUCCACCGGCACCAGACUGAGAUGAUCAUCACCAAGCAGGGCAGACGGAUGUUCCCGUUCCUGAGUUUUAACAUCGCUGGUCUGAGCCUUAACUCACACUAUAACGUGUUUGUGGAGGUGGUGCUGGCGGAUCCAAACCACUGGAGGUUUCAAGGUGGCAAGUGGGUGACAUGUGGGAAGGCGGACAACAGCAGCCAAGGAAAUAAAGUUUACAUCCACCCCGAGUCUCCAAACACAGGUGCGCACUGGAUGAGACAAGAAAUCUCCUUCAGCAAGCUCAAACUCACCAACAAUAAAGGAAACCUUCACAGCACUUCGCAGAUGAUUGUCCUGCAAUCGCUGCACAAGUACCAGCCGAGGCUGCACAUCGUAGAGGUGACAGAGGACGAGGUGGAAGACAUCGGCAGUGACAUGAAGACGCAGAGUUUCACCUUUCCAGAGACUCAGUUUAUAGCUGUCACUGCCUACCAGAAUACUGAUAUUACACAGCUGAAAAUUGAUCACAACCCUUUUGCCAAAGGAUUCAGAGACAAUUAUGAUUCGAUGUAUACGGCUCCAGACAACGACCGCCUCACCCCCUCUCCCACCGACUCUCCCCGUGCACACCAGAUCGUCCCCAGUGCACGCUACUCCAUGCAGCCCCUCUUUCAGGACCAGUUUGUCAACAACCUCCCACAGCACCGCUUCUACAACAGCGAGAGAGCUGUACCGCAGACUAACAACCUCCUCUCACCUCAGGCUGAAGACGGUGCAUCACAGAGGUGGUUUGUCACCUCCAUGCAGCAAGGAGGAAACGGCACAAGCACCAGCAGCAAGCUAGAUCUCUCGCCAUAUGAGGGGGAAUACUCAAGCUCCCUGCUGCCUUAUGGUAUCAAAUCUCUGUCCAUGCAAACAUCCCACGCUCUCAGCUACUACCCAGAUUCUCCUUUCACCACCAUGUCUGCAGGGUGGGGGUCCAGAGCGGCCUACCAGAGGAAGGUAACCCCCGGUCUGCCUUGGUCCCCCAGACUCAGCCCCACAACUUGUUUCCCAGAAGAAUCAAACAAAGUUAAAGCACAGAUAGAGGAGGAGGCGAACGGCAGUGGAGGCCUGAUCUCCUGGACAGAGGCACAGCCGUCAGCUCUGUCUCUGGACAAGACUGAGUCUUAUUCUUCAACCUGCAAACGAAGGCGCUUGUCUCUUCAUAUUGCUAGCACAGAGGAGUCCCCCAACGACAUAAAGUGUGAGGACUUGGCCUCUGCUGCACCUAGCUCCUACAGCAAAGAAGCCCCCUCAUCCAAAAGCAUGGCAGCUUACUAUUCCUUUUACACAAACCCCUGAGUGCUUUAUCUUUCAAAUGCCCUGUCUUUCAUUUUGCAAAUUAGGUUCUUCUUUAUUUGCCACCAUGAAUAAGAACAUUUAGUUGCUUACACCAUGCUCACAAUCAGUAUUUCUAUUGUGAUGUUUCUUUUCUUUGUGUUAUGAUACAUUUAAAUUCAAGGGUAUAGUAAUAAAAUGGCAUUAAAAUCAAGGAUUGUGUGGCAUGAUAUUAGCUUAUUACAUCUAUUCAGUCCAUCUACCAUAGAGUUCAACUGUUGUGUAACAGAGUGCCAAAGCAUUUGUUUUUAGGUAUCACAUUUUUAUAAACAGUAUUAUGUAUGUUUCUUUGUGACUACAUUGCUGUAUCUGCCUUUACACUGAAGUUGCGUGUUUACAGAUUAUUUAUUAAAGGCCUGUUGAUACGAAUUUGUGCACUCAUGAAUGUGAGGUUGAUAUGCUGUAUAUACCUUCAUGGCAAUGUUCAGAUGUUUGAUAAUAAAAGUCAUAUAUGUUCUA